AAAUGGAAAAAUUUAAAUAAAAAAGGGACUUUUUUCAUCGGUCAAGAGUGAACUGUUUUAGCGCGUUUUCAUUUGUAAGCCGAUAUAACCAGUCACCUUCAUCGUGAUAAUUGUGACGUCAUGAAUACAACUUUUCUGUGUAUUGUGAAAAAGGUCGCCAGGUGCACCAUUCGAGAUGAGCAACUAAGGAGAGUAAAACUCUUAGCGCCGGUUCCUACAGCGAGAAAGUGACCUUUCUACCAAACGGCAGAAGCCCUGGAGAUGAGAUGCACCACCCCGCUGCAAGUCCCAGAAUCCAUCGCGACCCAUGCACUGAGAAAAAAGACAGUCAAAGCGAAAAACAACAGCACUUUGGGCGCUUCAGUUACUCCGUGCUUGUGGCAGAUUACCCGUUCGUCGUGUUCUUCGUCACACUGGCUGUGAUUAUCGUCUGCGCACUGUGCGAUUUUGUGCCUCUCUUUGGCGCACCCGACUUUCCCGACUUCUCGACUCCUGUUAUGGGAUUUGAAGCUCGAGGAACAAUGAUCAAUAAGCGGUGGAGAACUCGGCUAUUUCUCAAGUUCGCAAUCGACCGCCAAAUGUUUCUCCCUGUCCCCCCUCUCAACAAAAUUCCACGAGAGAUCUUCGCAAACUCUCCUGAAUACUGCCCUCAUCUGAACCUAAGCUUCAUCAACUCAAAAGCGAGCCCGCGAUUCACGAGACAAAAGCGGUCUACUAUCCCAGAAAAACCAGGACCUCUGCGCAUGUGUGAUAGCCCUAACGUGUACAUGAAAUCCCGGAUUGAGUACAAGACCAUAUAUGGGCCGAAAGAAACCAACGGAAAUAUCAUGACCGCUGAAAGUCUAAAGGCUGUAUGCAGGCUCGAGAGUAAAAUAAUGCGAGAUUUUACUGGGUUCAGGGAGGCGUGCUUUAGACGGAAUAUAACGAUACACGGACUGAGGAAAGAGGAGUGUUGCCCUAGUUGGUCUGUUGGUAACUAUGUCGCAUCUUUGAGCGGACGACAAACAUGCCAAGAUGUAACAGAUGAAGACGUCAAAGAGGUGAUGACACGACUCAAAAGUUGCGCGAAGUUUUUCAAUAACGGAACACUCAAAGAAAAUUGUUGGGAUUACAAAAAUUCCCUACCCUACCCCUACUGCGUUAAUAUUCCUCUAGCCUGUGUCAAAGACAAUGCAGUUUUUAUUAUUCUCUACUACCUCACGGACAAAGAAUUCCUCGGGACGGACAUGCAAGAACAUCUCAGCUACACACAAGCUUUCACUCCACGUUGGCAUCGUGGAGAAUACUCCAAAGCUAUCUACUAUAGAUACCUUGAGGGUAAGACCAUGGAAGAUGGCCCCGUCAGACUAGUCGGUACCAACUUUUACUUCCUGAAAUUCAGUAUGUUCAACACCAAACUUUUGGCUGACAUAAUCUACCCUUCAAUCGCGUUGAUGAUCAUCCUGAUCAUAAUGUGGUUCUACACGGAGUCCAUUCUUAUCACAAUACUACUCGCCGUGUCUGUCGUCAGCGCGUUAAUCCUCGCGUAUUUCGUUAAUAUGAUAAUUUUGAGGCUUAACUUCUUCCCCUUCCUGAACAUCACAACGCUGAUCUUUCUCGUGGGAAUAGGUGCCGAUGACGCCUUUGUGUUUUGCGACGUCUGGCGACAAUCCAAAAGAGACCAUCCCGGUGCGUCGCUUAAAACUGUUACGUACACCACCCUAAGGCACGCUUCUACGUCCAUGUUCGUCACAAGCUUCACGACAGCCGCGGCGUUUGUUGCAAACUUCUCCUCAGAGAUAACCACCAUUAAGUUGUUUGGGUUGUACGCGGGGGUGGCCAUCUUGGCAAAGUUCUUGCUCAUGGUCACGUGGUUCCCAGCAAUGGCGGUAAUUAACGAGAGGUACUGUUCGCGAAGGGCUUGUAAGAAACGCGAGGAUGAGGCUUCCUACAUGGAGAGUUGUUGCUGUAAGGUGGUUUCCAAGGAAAAAGAUAAGAUAUUGACCCAGAUGGACCCUUGUGGGACGAAUGAUACAUAUUUUAAAAGCGACCGGUGCGAAGAAAUUAAAACCAGUGCUUGUGUAACAAGUGAAAACAAUCCAAGUGGAACACGUGAUACAUAUUGUAGAAAUAAACGGUGUAGAAGAGAUAAAAACAGUGCAUGCGCAACAAGCAAUAGAAGCUCAUGUGCGACAACUAAGACAGAAGAAAACUACCAAAGUCGCAAACACCUUUUAGAUAAUGGUGAUGAAGUUGUUAAGGCUGACAGUAGUCUUGCAAAGUUCCGUGUCUUUUACGAGUCCACCGUGACCCAGUACUCGCGUUACGUGUUUGAGGAAGCCUUACCAAAUAUGGUCAUCAAGUACCGGUUCCUCUGGAUCACAAUCUGCUCGCUUCUCACCGCGCUAGGUAUGAUGGUCCUGCUUGCACACCCGGGCCUUCAGUUCCCCACGUCAGCGGACUUUCAGAUGUUUUCUUCGUCGCAUCCGCUAGAAGCUUACGAACUUAACUUCAAGAAAAAAUUCCGAUUUGAGAUGAGUCCGUCCCAGGAAAGCGUCACAUUCCCUAUUGAUAUCUUUUGGGGGGUUGAGCCUGAGGACUAUGGCGAUUCACUGGAUCCUUACGACUACGGCAAGUUUGGCUGGGAUAAAACCUUCGACUUUAUAAACCCUGACUCGCAAAAAUGGUUCAUGGAAUUUUGCAGAAGAUUUCGCGGAGAAGAGUUCUUUGCUAAGAAAGCAGGUUCCGAAAAACAGUGCUUCUUAGAAGUAUUCUAUAACCAGUCUUGCAUGGACGAGCAGGUGCCUGAGCUCUGUAACUACCCAUGUUGUAGGAAUUCAUUCUUUCCGUAUUCGCUUGAUGUUUUGAACUUUUGCACACUAUCAUCUGCGUACAAAAAAAGGAUCUUGAGAUUCAGAGCACAGGAUAACACCCUGGGUAGCUUCAUAUAUGAUACAUCCGGGAACCUUAAAGGACUCUGGGUGCGCAUCAUGAGCAAUAUAAGGCUCUCACGCGCAUACCAACCUGCACACACUUUCUGGCAUCGCAUUGAAUCGUGGGCUCAGAAGGAAAUGCGCUCGGCGCCACCGGGCAUGCGCAAAGGCUGGUUCAUGAGUGACUUGGAGUACUACAACCUCCAAAGAAGCCUAUCACGUGGUACCCUCCUGUCAAUGAGCAUCUCCAUAGCAACGGCCUUCGCGGUGAUGCUGCUGACCACUUGGAAUGUGCUUGUGAGCGUUUAUGCGAUCCUUAGCAUCAUCGGUACCAUCUCAGUGACUAUAGGAGCGUUGGUUCUGAAUGGAUGGAAGCUGAACAUUCUUGAAUCCAUCACGAUGUCGGUAGCGGUGGGUGUCAGCAUCGACUUCUCUAUGCAUUUCGGCGUCGCGUUCUGCCUAGCACCAGACAAGCAUGACCGCAAGUCCAGGGUCAGGUACUCAAUGUCCAGGAUGGGAUCAGCCAUCACCAUGGCAGCGGUCACGACAUUCAUUGCAGGUGCUAUGAUGAUGCCUUCAGACGUGCUCUCCUACAUCCAGAUGGGUCACUUCCUCAUGCUCGUCAUGGCAGUAAGCUGGUUUUUCUCCAUCUUCUUUUUCCAAGCGCUUUGCGCUACUAUCGGCCCGCAAGGCGAUAUGGGACAGCUGAAUCUGCACAAACUGCUCAGCGGUGUCCCUUGCUUUAGCAAGCGCGACUCGAGAGCUUUUGGAGCACGUAAGGGGAGUUGGGCUCUCUCUACGAAAUCCGAUACAAACACAUCUCGUGGACAAGGAGAUCAAGAUAUGAUGGACGAAAGGGAAGACAAGUCUUCGAGUGGGCUUUUGCAUUUCGAAAGUGGAAUUGAGUAGUUACUUGCAACAAGGCGUUCCUUCGAAGAGAAACGGCUAAUUUAAAACAUAUUCGGCAGUCCCCCUCAUCAAUAUGUUUUUGUCGUCUUCGCCGAUGGUAGGGAACUUUAGGAGGGUCUGCAUGUGUUAAGGGGCUUUGGGAGGGUCUGCGUGUGGUAGGGAGCUUUGGGAGGGUCUGCGUGUGUUAGGGGGCUUUGGGAGGGUCUGCGUGUGGUAGGGAGCUUUGGGAGGGUCUGCGUGUGGUAGGGAGCUUUGGGAGGGUCUGCGUGUGUUAGGGGGCUUUGGGAGGGUCUGCGUGUGGUAGGGGGCUUUGGGAGGGUCUGCGUGUGGUAGGGGGCUUUGGGAGGGUCUGCGUGUGUUAGGGGGCUUUGGGAGGGUCUGCGUGUGGUAGGGGACUUUGGGAGGGUCUGCGUGUGGUAAGAAACUGCCUGUCGGAUGGCCGAAUAUGUGGACAUUCAUACAAGGAUACGAGAUCUUAUAAGCGUUGGCCGUUUAAUCUGCCAUCUUGUAAACGAGGCACAUAAGGUACCUGUGUCUGUGGUAGGGGCCUUUUUGGAGAGAAUGUGUCUGCGGUAGGGAUUUUUGGGGGAGUACCAGAAGUAUGUACCUUUGGGGAUCUACUAAGACCACUGGUUCUCCCUGGUUCUCCCUGGUUCUCCUAUCAUGUUUGACAAUCUAGCUUAAGUAAGAUCCACCUUAUUAAUUUGACUUCAUGAUUUAUUAUACUAAACUAGUGGUCAUCGUAAUUGUUUAAUAAUAAUUGUCCUUCAAAUUGAGAACAAAAAACGAUGUGUAUUAUUCAAUCUAUGGUAUGAUUUGAAAUAAAAGCUCAUUUUCUUUGC